AUGUGGAGGUCCGUAGCCGCCAAAUCCACCCGGGUUACUCAAAUCCUCGACAAGGUACUACUCCGACCUUCAUCUCAUUCAUCCCCGCAUCAUCACUUCCGAUUUCUGUCCAUUUCCUCGUCUGUCAGCCCAACCCUAGAAGAAACGCCGCCGCCGCCUUCGUCGCACCCUGCGGCGGACGCCGGCUUCGACUUCCCCUCUGCUCCCAUUCACCAUGAUUUUGUUGAGAGUGCUGAUAGCGAGAGAUUAGGGGAUGCCAUCACGGCCAUUGGUAUUGAGGAGUUGAACGAAGCUGAUAAUUUCAGCCCUGAAGCUGCUGUUGAUGAAUUGCCGGUGGAAGAACGUGUUUACGAGAUUGAUCUGGAGAAGUUGGAGACCGUGCUUUCUCUGCUGCAGAGCAGUGCUGAUGGGUCUCUGGAGUCGACGCUUAACGGAUUGGAGUUGGAUUUGCACGAAGAGUUGGUACUAAGAGUGCUCGAGACGCCCAACCUUUUGGGCGAAAAUCUUAUUCGGUUUUUCAACUGGGCUAGAAGCAAGGAGUCUGGUCCAGUUCUGGUGACUUCCCAACUGGUUGAGGCACUUGUUAAGGCGAUAUGCGGUUGUUGUCACAUGAGGAAGAAAGACGCAUACGCACUGUGGGAUCUGAUUGUGGAGGUUGGUGAUGAUAAUGGGGAAGCUGCUACUCUGCUGAAUGCACAGAUUAUUAACCCGUUGAUUGCUCUGUUAUCCAAGUUGGGUAAAGGCAAGGCCGCUUUUGAUGUUUUCAACAAGAUGGGGGAUUUUGGCUGUGUCCCUGAUUGUGAUACCUACUAUUAUACAAUUGAAGCACUCUCGAGAAGAUCAUUCUUUGAUUGGGCUUGGGAAGUUUGUGAGAAAAUGCUGAAUGUCGGACUUCUUCCCGAGGAUCCUCAGAAGGUUGGGAAGAUCAUCUCGUGGUUCUGCAAAGCAAAUAGGGCAAGCGAUGCACAUAUGGUUUAUAUGUCAGCAAAGGAGAAAAACAGGUACCCACCACGGCCAUCUACCAAUUUCUUGAUUGCUUCGCUUGCUCACAAGGAUGAGACUGUCAAGUUAGCUCUAGAAAUGUUGGAUGGCUUUUCUGGGGAAUCUAGGAAAUACGCCAUCAAACCUUUUGCAGCCGUUAUGCAUGGUUUGUGUAGAUCUAAGGAUGUUGCUGAGGCAAAAUCAUUGCUUUCUAAGAUGAUUGCUGAUGGUCCGCCACCUGGAAAUGCUAUUUUCAAUCUGGUGAUCAACGCUUAUUCUAAAGCUGGGGAUAUGGAUGGAGCAAUGAAGACGAUGAAGCUGAUGAAGAGCAGGGGACUAAAACCCGAUGUCUACACUUACACUGUGGCUAUGAGUGGUUAUGUGAGUGGUGGCUGCAUGGAAGAGGCUCGCAAACUACUUUCGGAGGCAAAAAAGAAGCAUACUAAGCUAAGUCCCGUGUCGUACCAUACACUUAUUCGUGGGUACUGCAAGUUGGAACAAUAUGACAAGGCUUUAGGGUUGUUGGCAGAGAUGAAGGAGUUUGGUGUUCAGGCUAGUGUAGAUGAGUACACUAAGUUGAUUCAGUCCCUUUGUUUGAAGGCCUUGGAUUGGAGAAGAGCAGAAGAGCUGUUGGAGCAAAUGAAAGAUAGUGGCUUGCAUCUGAAUGGCAUUACCAAGGGACUUAUACGCGCGGUGAAAGAGCUAGAUGAGGAAAUAGGGUCUGACGAAAAACUCAGCAUUGCGGCAUGA